AUGCCCCUCCGCUCCUCUCGCCUUUUCUUCACCGCCCUCUCCCGCGCCGGCUUGCAGACGAUCCCCAAAGGUUUAACCCGUCCCUUCUCCAACAUGUCUAAACUCCCCACCGACACCCGCCCCAUCGUCGUCUCCGGCCCCUCGGGCGUCGGCAAAGGCACCCUCCUCCAGCUCCUCUUCUCCCGCCACCCGGACGUCUUCGCCUUCUCCGUCUCCCACACCACGCGGGAUCCCCGCUCCGGCGAGGUCCAUGGCGUCCACUACCACUUCGUCCCCAUGAAGGACUUUGAGGACCUCAUCGACGCCAACGGCUUCGUCGAGCAUGCCAAGUUUAGUGGGAACCGGUAUGGGACGAGUAAGAUGACCAUUGAGGAGCAGAGCGCGAAGGGUAAGGUUGUGGUUUUGGAUAUUGAGAUGGAGGGCGUCAAGCAAAUCAAAAACUCCGACAUUCCCGCCCGCUACGUCUUCGUCGCGCCCCCCUCCGAAGAAAUCCUCGAGAAGCGCCUCCGCGGCCGCGGCACCGAGACCGAGGAGAGCGUGCAGAAGCGCCUCACCCAGGCGAAGCGCGAGCUCGAGUACUCCAAGACUCCCGGCGUACAUGACAUUAUCAUCGUCAACGACGAUCUCGAGACAGCUUACAAGCAGCUCGAUGACUUCAUCUACAAGUCGGCGUAG